GUGGGCAAAACCGCAAGCUGAAUGAUAAUUGUAAGCAAUUGACAUCUAAGAAGGCAAGCCUAUAGGAGAAGGUCAACCGCCAACAGAGCUUGGAGAUGGCCAACAGGGCUGCGUCAGCUGAGAGUCGAGCUAACAAGUUGGCCAACAAAGUCUACGAGUUGAAGGAGGAGCUGGAGAAGGCUCAGGCCAAGAAGGAAAGUGGGAUUCAACAAAAGGUGACCAAAGCCAACCAGAACCUUGCCCGCGCUAAAGAGGGGUUGAGUAAAGCUAGAAGUUCUCACCAGUGCUCUAUAAGCAUCGCCCGAGCUCAAGGAGCAGAGUGGCUAGUUGGCUCGGACAUGUUCCCAAAUGUCGUGGCCGUAGCGUUUCUGAACACUACCAUGGAGAUCUACAAUGAGAUCCGUGGGAAGGUGUUGUGGCACUGGCCUGACUUGCCCAUCGGCGAGCUAGCGUUCUUUGAGGGGAAGGAGAUGGACAAGCAGGUCUUAGAGGAAGGAGAGGAUCUAGAGGGUCUGCCUAGGUUUGACUCAUUGGAAGACGAGGCACCCAAGGUGGAAGCUAAACCUUCCAGCACUCCUCCCUUUUCUCAACCCAUACCUGAGCCAGCUUGCACUUCUCCAACUCAUAGUUUUCCAGCUCGCACUUUUUUGGCAGUUGUUGAAGCAUCCGUUCCAGUUGAUUUGACAGACGAUUAGGAUUUUAGUCUUUAUUUUUUCCUUUUGAAUUUUUGUAUUGAUCAAUUGACCUCUUCGAACUCCGUUAUUGUUGUCCUCUAUGCCAUUAUGUGUAAAUUUUGAAAAGGAAAACAAUUUGGGCAAUUUUAUGGAAUUUUCGUAUCCACUGAACUGUGUAUGCAUUUUACAUACCCUAAAUAAACUUCAUGAUAACAU